AUGGUUUUGUACACGACUCCCUUUCCUAAUAGCUGUCUGUCCGCCCUCCAUGCUGUGUCCUGGGCCCUCAUCUUCCCAUGUUACUGGCUGGUGGACCGGCUGGUAGCCUCCUUCAUACCCACCACCUAUGAGAAGCGCCAGAGGGCAGAUGACCCUUGCUGCCUGCAGCUGUUCUGCACUGUACUCUUCACACCAGUCUACCUGGCUCUGUUUGUGGCUGCAUUACCUUUUGCCUUUCUUGGGUUCAUUUUCUGGUCUCCAUUGCAGUCUGCCCGCCGGCCCUACUCAUACUCCCGGCUAGAGGAUAAGAGCCCAGCUGGAGGGGCAGCUCUGCUUAGCGAAUGGAAGGGCACAGGGGCUGGCAAAAGCUUUUGCUUUGCCACAGCUAACGUCUGCCUUCUUCCUGACUCACUUGCAAAACACAACAAUGUUUUCAAUACCCAAGAACGGGCCAAAGAGAUUGGGCAGAGAAUCCGAAAUGGGGCCGCCCGGCCUCAGAUCAAAAUCUACAUUGAUUCUCCCACCAACACCUCCAUCAGCGCAGCCAGCUUCAGUAGCCUGGUGUCUCCGCAGGGCAGUGAUGGAGCUAGAGCUGUCCCUGGUAGCAUUAAGAGGACAGCCUCUGUGGAAUACAAGGGGGAUGGUGGACGUCACCCCAGUGAAGAGGCUGCCAAUGGCCCAGCCUCUGGGGACCCGGUGCAGGUGGGAAGCACACCUCAGGACCAAAGAAUCGUUGGGUACAUCGCCUGCACACACCUGCAUGCCCCACCAGAGGACAGUGCCAUCCGGUGUGAGCAGCUGGACCUGCUUCAGGACUGGCUAGCUGAUUUCCGAAAAUCUACCUCCUCAUCCAGCACAGCCAACCCGGAGGAGCUGGUGGUGUUUGACAUCAUCUGUGGAGAUCUGAACUUUGAUAACUGCUCUUCUGAUGACAAACUGGAGCAGCAGCACUCACUGUUUACUCGAUACAAGGACCCCUGCCGCCUGGGGCCUGGGGAGGAGAAGCCUUGGGCCAUUGGUACCCUGCUGGACACAAAUGGUCUCUAUGAUGAGGAUGUGUGUACCCCUGACAAUCUUCAAAAGGUUUUGGAGAGUGAGGAAGGCCGAAGGGAGUAUCUGGCCUUCCCUACCAGCAAGAGCCCAGGGGCUGGGCAGAAGGGGAGGAAGGACCUGCUGAAAGGCAAUGGCCGCCGCAUUGACUACAUGCUUCACGCUGAGGAGGGGCUGUGCCCUGACUGGAAGGCUGAGGUAGAAGAAUUCAGUUUUAUCACCCAGCUAUCCGGCCUGACCGACCACCUCCCUGUGGCCAUGCGGCUGAUGGUAUCUGCAGGGGAAGAGGAGGCAUAG